AUGUGGUCCAAUUGCUUAUUAAAAACCUUAUCAAGAAGGCACAGCACAUCAUUUCGGGCUUCGGAUCUAGCUGUUCACCUCACUCAUACCCCUAAAACAAUGCCUCAUCUUGACCAAAGCCUUAUAUUCGGAAAAAACACGACCGACCAUCUAUUCUGGGUUGAUUGAGAUUUUAAAACUUUAAAAAGGCAUUGAGAACCAAUAGCUCUCUUAACACCUCUAGCAGACGGGAGUUCUGUGACCUUUUUGAAGGAGAGCAGCGUGCGUGAGAAUGGUCUACUGGGCUUUUACUUGGUCUAGUGGAUCAUAAUACCCAGAGGAUGGAACCAAUUAGUUGAAAAGGGAUAACACCAAGGCUAGAGGGCUUUUGCUUGACUUAGUCUUAGUCUUAGUUAAAUUUACAGAGUAGCUCCCGGCCAGGACCGAAGGUCCUUUUCUUCCGCCUUUUGGACACUUCGCUUGCUUUCCUUGCCCUGCUCCCAGAGUGCACCUAAGUGCCACAGGCUACCACUCAGCUCCUUCCGGUCAUGGGGCUUGGUCAUGCUAUCCCGGAAGUAGGCGGACUGGGUCACCGUGCUUCACGUCGCCAGACUAGGGUUAGAGCUAAGGAUUAACUCCUUACUCCCCUCCCUCCGUGAGUGAACAAAAAAAUUUUGUUCACUCACGGAGGGGGGUAAUUUUUUUUUAAAAAAAUUUAUAUAAAAAAUAUUUUUUUUCAAAAUUUUAAAAAAAUCCUAAUUCGCAAAAAUUGGAAAGCAAAUAUUAAUUUAAUUUAUAAAAUUUAUGUUUUAAAAAGCAAUUCGUUCAAAAUUAAAUAGAAUUAGCUCUAGAUUUCAUUAUACUAAUUAUCAUUUAUAUAUCAAAAUUUUUUUCCAUAAAAAAAAAUUUUCUAUUAAAAAAAUUUUUGUUCACUCACGGAGGGUGGGUUUUUGGGCAAAAAAUAGCGAUUUUUCUAAUGGUUUUGUUCACUCACGGAGGGGGGGGGGAGUUAGCUCUUGUCGGCUCCUGCCAUGCCCUCCAAAUUGGCACUAGCGGUCCCUAGAGGAAAAACCCUUUUUGCCCCGUGUCUUAUCGGGACGACCCUAGGAUCGUCGUUGCUGGACUGGGAGGGAAACCUAGCCGGACACAAACUACCAGUACCCAUACCAGACCUUUCCCUGGGCUGAUUGGCUUCAGGCCGCAGCAAGGUCCCCAAUCUCGCCACAGUUCCGGGAGAGGACGGGCCGGUGUCGUCGCCAUUUUAUUUGUGUUGCUUUUGCUUGACUAAUCGGACAAUUUCUCAACUCGAUAUCUGGGGUUGAGUCUAGGCUACGAAUUUAAUUCAGAUCGAGAGCCUGGCCAGAAAAUUCGCUUUUUGAAUUUUUUCGAAAGAGCAACUCGCCGGCUCACAGCACGUUGGCCUAGCAUCUUAAUUCCGGAUAUUAAGUGCAUGCCCUAAUCAGAAGGAGCAACGAUUUCUUAGGCUGACUAAUCGGACUAGAGAGCAAGAAAGCGGAGCCAAGCAAGAGACAUGAAAAGCUGGCAGAUUUGUCAGGAUUACUCUAUAAUAAUCUAAGUUAAGUUAAAAUUGGGAUUUUGAAAAAGGGUGGCACACUCCUCAGAUCGUUCCUUUUCAACCACUAGUGCUUGAUCCUUGCAGCUCUUGUUUUCAUUAUGGAACUGAGUGCUUAGAAGGACUUAAAGCCUACAAAACAGCAACUGGCAAAACUCUUCUGUUCAGACCAGAUCUAAAUAUUCAAAGGCUUAGAAAGAGUGCCCGAGCCUUAGCAUUGCCUGAUUUUGAUGGUGCUGAACUACUUCAGUGCAUUCGAAAACUUGUAGAUGUAGAUAAAAAAUGGGUACCAGAUAAAAAAGGCUACUCCAUGUAUAUCCGUCCAACAAUGAUAGGAACACAUCAGCAGCUAGGAGUCACUAAGCCAGGGUCGGCAAAGCUCUUCGUUGUUAGCGCUCUUGUUGGUCCUUACUUUCCUACUGGAUUUAACCCUGUUAAUCUCUAUUGUGAUGAAACAAGAAUAAGAGCUUGGCCAGGCGGUGUAGGGGAUAAAAAAAUCGGAGGAAAUUAUGGCCCUGGAAUUGCUUAUACAGCAGAAAUUAAUAAAUUAGGAUACCAGCAGCUUUUAUGGCUUGUAAAAGGAAAUGUUACGGAGGUUGGAACAAUGAAUUUCUUUAUGCUUUGGAAAAACAAAGAAGGCGAAACGGAGCUGAUUACUCCACCUCUUGAUGGAACAAUUUUAGAAGGAGUUACAAGAGAUUCAAUAUUGGAGCUUACAAGGGAGUGGAAUGAAUUCAAAGUCACGGAGAGAGCCUUUUCGAUUCACGAACUCACCCAAGCUGCUGAAGAAGGCAGAAUAAUUGAAGCUUUUGGGGCAGGAACUGCAUGCAUAGUUUGUCCUGUCCAAAAAAUAUUUUUUAAAGGAGUAGACUAUGAAAUUCCAAUGAAACUUGGAAAAAGCGGCCUUCUUACAAAACGAUUGCUAGAUCACAUUUUAUCAAUACAAUAUGGAGAAAUUGAACACCCAUGGUCAUACAAGGUGGAUUAUAAUUAA